AUGACUUGGGUGGGGCAGGCCCAGUGGCGCUACCUGCAAGAGGCUGAAAGAAGGGCCAACAAGUUAGAGGAAGACACAUUGAAGCGAUCGCUUGGUCAAAAGCUUACUUGGGCCAAGAAUUUUUUUUUGGCACUCAAGAGGCAUCACCCUGAACUCAAAGACGUCUGGGGUGAUGUCCAGUCCAGCAUCCCUAUUGUUAUACCGGAGAGAGCUGAACAGCCUGCCGGUUUGAAGGUCACAUUGCUUCCAUUUCAGCAGGAAUCACUCUUUUGGAUGCUUAAGCAAGAGCAGGGGAUCUGGCAUGGUGGCAUGCUAGCCGACAAGAUGGGUAUGGGUAAGACUAUUCAGAUUAUAUCCCUCUUUGUGUCGGACCUGAAGCAUCCGAAUAUUGUGGUCGCGCCAACUGUUGCUCUAAUGCAAUGGCGCAAUGAGAUUGACACUCACACAGAGGGGAUGGAUGUCUUGGUAUGGCAUGGUGCAUCUCGUGUCAACAACCCCAAGGAAUUGGAGAAAUAUGAUGUUGUGCUCACUACUUAUGCUGUCAUGGAGAGUUGCUUUAGGAAGCAGCAGAGUGGUUUUAAGCGGAAAGGGCUUAUUGUGAAGGAACCUUUGCCUCUUCACCAGAUUAAAUGGAACCAUAUCAUUCUUGACAAAGCGCACAACAUUAAAGACCGCCAAACCAAUACUGCCAAGGCAUCCUUUGAGCUUCAGAGCAAUUACAAAUGGUGUCUAUCUGGAAUGCCCCUGCAGAAUCGUGUGGGAGAGCUCUACAGUCUAGUUCAUUUCCUGGGGGUUGAUCUAUUCUCUUUUUAUUUCUGUAAGAAAUGUGAUUGUAAAUCGCUUCAUUGGAAGUUUACAGAUACAAAGCAUUGUGAUGAUUGUGAUCACAGCCCAAUGCAACAUACCUGCUUCUGGAAUAACGAGAUCUUGACACCUAUCCAGAAACAUGGUAUCAAGGGCCCAGGAAAGAUUGCUUUUCAGAAGUUACGCAUCCCCCUUGAUCGAAUGAUGCUGUGUAGAACAAAGCUUUAUCUUUCGCUCUUCUCAGACGCGAAACACCAGUUCAGUACAUACAUUGACUCUGGAACGGUUUUGAAUAACUAUUCCAAUAUCUUCAGUUUGCUUACUCGCAUGAGGCAAAUGGCUUGUCACCCAGACCUUGUGCUCCACAGCAAGACUAAUGGAACCCAGUUCUUGGGCUCUGAUGAGGCUGGUGAAGCCACAAUUUGUAGACUCUGCAGUGAUGUUAUGGAGGAUGCUAUCCAGGCCAAAUGUCGCCAUAUAUUCGACCGGGAGUGCAUGAAACAGUAUCUGAGUACAGCCAGAGACAUGACACCCGACUGUCCUGUUUGCCACGUUGCUCUUACCAUUGACCUCGAGGCUCCGGCGCUCAAACUUGAAGCAAACACUCCUUCUGCACGACAAGGAAUCCUGGGGCGACUCCAUAUAAAGACUUGGUGGUCUUCCUCCAAGAUUGAGGCACUUGUUGAGGAGCUUUCUAAUCUUCACUUGCAGGACAGCAUGACUAAAAGCAUCGUGUUCAGCCAAUUUGUCAACUUUUUGGACUUGAUCACCCUUAGGUUACAAAAGGUGGGUUUUGAAAUUUGUCGACUUGAGGGAACCAUGAGCCCUCAGGCUCGCGAUGUGACCAUUCAGCACUUCAUGAACAAUCUUAGUGUUACUGUAUUUCUUGUCAGCUUGAAAGCUGGUGGAGUGGCAUUGAACUUGACUGAAGCAUCUCGAGUGUAUCUCAUGGAUAGUUGGUGGAAUCCUGCGGUAAAAGCUAUGGACCGCAUUCACCAUCUCGGACAAUACCGUCCUGUUAAGGCCAUCAAACUCAUCAUCGAAGAUAGCAUUGAAAGUCAGAUCACACAAUUGCAAGAGAAGAAAUCAGUGAUGGUGGAUGCCACGCUCUCUACUGACAAUUCUAUGGGCCAGCGGAUUAUGGGCCCAUGUUGUGUAUAUCCUCGAUGA